AUGAUGUGGUGGAUUACCGAUUGGAUGAGUCGUAAGGACCCUGUUGCCGAUUUAAAGCACUUUCAGGAUAAGAUUAUGAAUCUCGUAAAAGUAGGUGGCAAUAUGGAAAACACUAUGGUUAAUGGACAGGUUAACCAGUGGCAUUUUCACAAUUCUAAUGCCUCUGAAGUGACGACGCCGACGCUUUUAAUUCAUGGAUAUGCGGCAUCCUCGAUGGCUUACUACAGGACAUUCCAGGGGCUUACAGACAAGAUUAGCGAUCUCUACACUAUAGAUUUACCCUCUAAUGGACUUUCAAAGGAGCUCCCACUGAUACUAGAUGGUCAGACACCUCCGCCCUUAAAAGUUGAGAUUCAUAAGGACGGCAGCAAGUUUAAGAUUAUCGAGAGAGUGGAUGCAGAGCACUGUCGGUCGGUGGUAAAACAGUAUGAGGAUUACUAUUUGGACAGUAUAGAACUUUGGAGAAAGCAUAAUGGGAUUGGUCGGUUCAAUUUGGUGGGACAUUCGUUUGGUGGGUACAUUGCGUUUAAAUACGCUGUGAAAUAUCCAAAGGCAGUGGAACAACUGGGUCUUAUAUCACCGUUAGGUGUAGAGAGUAACAUCUACUCGGUAAAUAAUGAUUGGAAAUUGGAUACGGUCUAUGAAAUGGAAUCAACAGAUCCUGCAUCCCGGAUGUACGGUAAAAACUGGGAAAUUCCUAAAGUCUUAUUCGAAAGGCAGACGGAGUUAUUAAGAUGGAUGGGACCUAUUGGGGCCAAACUCUGCUGGAAUUACAUCACAGCAGCUUAUAACAAAUUGCCGACAAUGGAAUAUAAAGAUUACGUCUUUGAACUCUUAUAUGGUAACGGUGGGAUUCCAAAGACCGCUAGAAAGGUGUUUGGAGGUCUUUUCACUAGGAGCCUUCUAGCAAGGGAUCCCAUCAUGGAUUCUAUGGAUAAACUGGGUGCAAGGAAAGUUUUGCUUCUGUAUGGUGAUUCCGAUUGGAUGAAUAACUACGCUGGAUAUCGUAUGGUAGAAUUGUUGAAUCAGAAAAGAGGCAAGGGCUACGCAACUUAUGAUGAAGUGCCCGAUGCAAGGCACAAUCUAUUUCUUGACAAUCCAGAUUCAUUUAACGAUAAAUUGAUACAGUUUUUGGGUGAAUAG